CUAAUAGGUACUGGCUCUGUGCUGCUACUGAGGCGAGCAUUAGGAUUUGGGAUUUGGAGAGCAAGACCAUUGUUGUGGAUCUCAAGGUUGAUGCCAAGUAGGAGGCUGAAAUGAACCGUGUCGUCUGGUGUUAAAAACAAGAUAGUUGAUGAAUACAUAUAGGGCCUGUUUGAUUAAGAGGAUUAAUAGUAAGUGGAUUAACAAUCAUGAGAUUAGUGUAUGUCACAGAUGUUGAAUAAAUUCAAGGUCAGGGAACUAUACAUUGUUUGCUCAAUUGACAUUGAUGAGGAAUCAUUGUACACCCAAGUCUUAAAGUUUUGGGAUGUAUUGCCAUUGGAGGAAUUUUCAAAAUUGGUUAAACGUUUGGAUGGCAUAAUUGGGAUGUACACAGAUGAUUAUCUCAACCGUUGCAAGGUCAAAUGCCAUGAUGGGGAUUUCAAAGUUCCUAUGACAUGGUCACUCUCUUCUGGUCUUAUUCAAUAUAAGAAUCUCAGUGAGACCGAAAAUGGGAAAGCUUUAAUAAAUGAUGCCUCUUUGAUUGGCAAAGGCUAUGUUGAGGAUGCAAAGGUGAGUGAGAGUUUGUUACUGAUGAAAUUCUACUCGUUGUCAAUUGGGGCGGUCAGCCACCUACUAUCUGGCUGCAAUGGUAAAGAAUUGAGUCUUCCUUUCGAAUUAACAAACCAAGAGACAGAGAUAAUUCAUUUCAACAGAAGCACCUUUAUACUUGGAAGGUCAGGCACUGUGAAGACCACUGUUUUGACCAUGAAAUUAUUUCAGAAUGAGCAACUGUAUCAUUUAGCAUCUGAGGGUUAUUAUCAAGUUCAGAGUAAUCUAUCCACUGAUGAUAGCUGGAGGCACCAGGAGGAUAGUAGUGAGACUAAUCAGAUUCAGGAGGCUAAAAGAGAUAUCUUGCACCAAAUUUUUGUCACAGUGAGUCCAAAAUUGUGCUUUGCUGUAAAACAACAUGUUUCUCAGUUGAAAAGGUACUGCUGGUUGGUUCUAUUUUUGUUGUUUUAGGGCUAGAUGUAUUUAUUAUCAUUGUGUUCAAUUCUUUUUAUUUUUUAUUUUUUUAUAGCUGAAGUUUUCUGUGUAAAUGGCUCUGAUAGUACAUGUGAAAUGGAAUACAUAUAUGUACAUUAUUCUAAGUCAACUAAACAAAUUUUCUUUAUGGCUUUCUAAAACGUCCUAGUUUUCUUACUUUAAUUUAGCAGUAUGCUAUAUUUCAGAUUUUCAAAACAUAUAAAUAAAUGUUUCUCAAGGAAUUUUGAAAAUUUGCAUUAAUUUAGGAGGUGUUUGGCAUG